UGAGCCUGUGAACGUUUUCCUUCUUUCUCCACACGCGUGCUCGUCGCAUCCCUCCCUCCGCCUCUCCCCUUUCUUCCCCGGUUCCCCCCACACCCAUCACCUCCUUCCUACUCCCCCAAAACCCUAAACCCCACUCCCACCCUCCGCAGCGAGCAGCUCGUCGGCGUCGCGUCCCUCGCCAGAUUUGUGCAUGCCUGGCCUCUAUAUUGUGAAUUGAGAAGCAAUCAAGUAUGGCUUCAAGGGCAAUCAUUAGGAGAAGGAAGUAUCUCUCGGAUCAUGUUAACACACCCAUCCUCUCAUCUUCCCCCUUCUCUACCUUCCAACGUGGAAGAUCUGGUUUGGAGGUUGAGCCAAGAACAGCACAGAAGCCUCUAGAGCAAAGCUCUGGGGACUCCAAAUGUGAGAAGGAGCAAUACAGUGUGAAUUUGGUCAAGAAGGAUCUGCUAGGUCUUGGUAAUGGGUUUCUGCGAAGUCCAGCUCACGUGAUUCCUCUUUCUCAUCGUGGAAUUGGAAGGAAUGAGUUUGGGCUGCCUUUGGGAGCUAGAUCUUUGUUGCAGUCAGUCCGCACAGCAUCAACUGCAACUGCAGGGCAACCUAAGAUGGAUACGGAUGAUGAACAGAGUGAAGACCAGAAGCAGAUUAAAAAGAAAAAGGAGGCAUCCCCAGAAGAAUGUGAUCAGGCUGUGGAAGGCCUAAGCACUGCAAAAGCUAAAGCCAAAGCUAAGCAGGUACAAGAAUCUCUGAAGGCUGGCCAGUCAGUUAUGCAGAAAUUCUGGGCAAGAAUUCUUGGUAUUGGUCCUGCUCUCCGAGCUGUUGCUUCAAUGAGCAGGGCUGAUUGGGCUGCGAAGCUUAAACAUUGGAAGGAUGAAUUCAUUUCAACACUGCAGCAUUACUGGUUAGGGACAAAGCUACUCUGGGCAGAUGCUAAGAUCUCAUCAAGAUUGCUGGUGAAGCUUGCUGGUGGGAAGAGUCUUUCAAGAAGAGAGAGAAAACAGCUAACACGAACGACAGCUGAUAUCUUCAGACUGGUACCAUUUGCUGUGUUCAUCAUUGUUCCAUUCAUGGAGUUCUUACUGCCGGUGUUCCUCAAGUUGUUUCCAAACAUGCUGCCGUCAACUUUCCAGGACAAAAUGAAAGAACAGGAAGCGUUAAAAAGGAAACUGAAAGCAAGGAUGGAGUAUGCAAAAUUUUUGCAAGAUACCGCAAAAGAAAUGGCAAAGGAAGUGCAAACAUCGCGUAGUGGAGAAACAAAACAGACAGCUGAAGAUCUGGACGAGUUUUUGAACAAGGUUAGGAGAGGUGAACGCGUCUCUAAUGAUGAAAUCUUGAAUUUCGCGAAGCUGUUCAACGAUGAACUUACUCUGGAUAACAUGAGCAGACCACGCUUGGUAAAUAUGUGCAAAUAUAUGGGUAUCCAGCCAUUUGGUACAGACCACUACUUGAGAUUCAUGCUUCGCAAACAACUGCGAGACAUUAAGAAUGAUGAUAAGAUGAUUCAAGCUGAGGGAGUUGAAUCUCUUUCUGAAGAAGAGCUUCGGCAAGCCUGCCGGGAACGUGGUCACCUAGGCCUGCUGUCAACUGAAGAGAUGCGCCAACAGCUCCAAGACUGGUUGGACCUCUCACUUAACCAUGCUGUGCCAUCUUCACUUCUCAUACUUUCAAGAGCUUUUACUGUGUCUGGGAGAAUGAAGCCUGAGGAGGCUGUUGUUGCAACGCUAUCUUCUCUACCAGAUGAAGUUGUGGAUACAGUUGGGACAGUAUUGCCAUCUGAGGAUUCAGUUUCUGAGAGGAGAAGAAAACUGGAAUUCCUUGAGAUGCAGGAAGAGCUUAUCAAGGAGGAAGAGAAGAAGAAAGAGAAGGAAGAAAAGGCAAAGCAAAAGAAAGAAGAGGAGGAAAAGCUGAAAGAACCGGAGGCUGCUGAAGAGGAUGUCGCGUUGAAGGAAAUGAUUGAUGCUACUGCUAGGGAAGAAGAACUGAGAAAAGCAAAAGAACAUGACAAGGAAAAGCUCUGCAAUAUCAGCCGUGCAUUGGCUGUGCUUGCAUCUGCCUCUUCUGUUAGCAAGGAGCGUCAGGAGUUCCUGAGCCUUGUCAACAAGGAGAUAGAGCUAUAUAACUCCAUGCUCGAAAAAGAGGGUACUGAAGGCGAAGAAGAAGCUAAGAAAGCAUAUUUUGCUGCUAGGGAAGAGACAGACCAUGAUGCUGAGGUCGCUGCAGAAGAAAAAGUCUCGUCAGCGCUGAUUGAGAAGGUUGAUGCUAUGCUUCAAGAAUUAGAAAAGGAGAUUGAUGAUGUGGAUGCACAGAUUGGAAAUCGCUGGCAACUGCUUGAUAGGGACCAUGAUGGCAAGGUUACUCCUGAGGAGGUGGCGGCCGCGGCAGCCUAUCUCAAGGACACCAUCGGGAAGGAAGGCGUGCAAGAGCUCAUCAGCAACCUUUCAAAAGACAAAGAAGGAAAGAUCCUCGUGGAAGAUAUUGUGAGGCUAGCAUCGCAUACAGAGGAACACAACGACGAGGAAGAAGAAGCGCGGCAGUAGCUGGAAAUAACCCGCGUAUUUAGGAUAGGUGGCAUUUUAUUUCAGGCAGAAGACUACAAACAUCUCGGCAUAUAAUGGCAGCGCCUUAUUGAUCGAAAGGCAAUACAGCCGGUUUUUUGUGCCCGAUAGAAUGGCUCGUGAUACGUAAGGAAAACUCGCUGUAAAGAUGGUGAGCGGUGACAUGCAUAUAAGCUAGACGCAGAGCUGUGGCCCGGCAGGUCGUUGGCAACCGAAGUUUUGGAUGGUUGCUGUGGAAGUGGAAAUACAGUUCGGUUGGUCUUAAGCUACCCUCCAUGCUGAAGAUAUUGAGUCUAUCUCGAGUUCUAAAAUAGCUCCCGAUCGGUGUCUUUGGUUUAA